AUGCUCAUCAAAUCCAUCUCAUCCCUCGGCUCCUUCAACGCAUCAUCCAUCAGCAAAGGAUCAGUUUCUGGCUCCGCUGGAGCUUCAUUUGGCCAAUCAUCCAACUCCAACGCUGGAAUUGUGGCAGAGGUUGGAAAGGUUGCCAUGGGUGUAGUGUCCACGGUCGAGGGCACAGCCACCGCUCUCCUCAGCAAUGUCGUCUCCACCCUUGACCAAACAGUUGGCUCACUUGGUCUUGGACUCUAA